AUAAUUUUCGAAUGCAGUGCGUCUCAACCCGCCUAAUAAGAAACAGGAACCGGAGACUUGGUGUAACGCAAGUUCAUGAAGCAGCAGUGAAAAAAUUUCUUAAGAGAAAAUUACUGCAAAGAUGUAGGGAACGUGCUCAGGUUUCACGGAAGAAUGUUGUGAACAGUAGAAGAACUGGGACACAGGAGACAAAUAUGGAAGCAGCCCCCGUACAGGUGAUGGAAGAAGAAACCCUCCUAGAAGGUACAAUAUCAGAGACAAAUUUCCUUGAUAGUUUAACAGAAAAAGAAUACGAAGAGUGGAUGGUAGAGCUAGAAAGACUGCUACAAGAGGACCUAGCUGCUGAACAACAGGAACAAGAUCAAGUAGUUGUCGAGAAUAAAGCGUUGGAAGAGUUGGAGUACGAAAGACAGUUGUUAGAAAAAUAUGAAAUAUUUAUUGAGAGAUGAAGCCUCCGAAAAAAUGGGAACAUAGUUUGUGUUGAAGGAUGUUUUAAGUUUAAUUCUAAGAUUGACCGCUGUGUUUUUUGAAGACGACGGCUUGGAAAAUUAUGUCGUUUGAACAGGUUUGAUUGUGAAGGAGUUGAGUUCUUGUAGACAGAACCAGCCGCCGUAAAAGUUUUUGAAGUUUAGAUUGUUCAAUUUUUAAUGAGGAAACUGACCCUUUACACAAUGAGACAACUAGCUUAAGAAAUUUGUAAACGCCUUUUGCUGAUAUUUGUUUUAAAUUAUAAUAGACCGAUAAAGUUCGUAGCAGGUACAACUUGAGUAUUUUAGAAAUUCUAUACUCCGGUUUGGAGUUUAGAAGGGCUAUGAUCCACUUGCUUGACGUUUGAUUUUCUUAGUUGUAGGACUACCAACUUAAAUUAGCGACCUGCACAAUUGCACAAGCAACGUAAUUUCUAUAUUAAUCGAUGCAUUAAAGAAUUCCAGUAACGC